AUUAUCGAUGUGCCUAUUCGAGCUUGGUACAAAAAUAGGGUUAAAGAGGGAGGGAAGAGAACGGGGAGAUGUAGAUGGCGAUCAUCUAUGCUUUGGUGGCGAGGGGAUCGGUGGUGCUGGUGGAGUUCAGCACGGGGACGAACACCGCGAGUGCGGUGGCACGGCAGAUCCUGGAGAAGAUUGCCGGAACCGACGACACCCAUGUUUCCUAUUCCCAGGAUCGCCACAUCUUCCACGUCAAGCUCACCGACGGUAUAACCGUCCUCUGCGUCGCCGAUGAGACCGCCGGAAGGAGAAUUCCUUUUGCAUUUCUUGAGGAUAUUCAUGAAAGAUUUGUGAAGACAUAUGGUCGUUCUUGUCACACAGCUCUUGGUUAUGCCAUGAAUGUCGAAUUUUCCAGAAUCUUGAGUCAACAAAUGGAAUACUACUCAACUGAACGUAAUGCAGAUAGGAUUAAUCGCAUCAAGGAUGAAAUGAGUCAGGUGCGUGAUGUUAUGAUAGAGAACAUUGACAAAGUAUUAGAACGAGGAGAGCGACUGGAAUUGCUGCUUGACAAAACUGCAAACAUGCAAGGAAACUCUAUUCGCUUCAAGAAACAAUCUCGUCGUUAUAGAAAUGCUCUUUGGUGGCAGAAUCUUAAGCUCAGAGCUAUUCUGGUCCUAGUUCUCCUCGUUAUAACUUAUAUAGUAGCUGCGUAUGUAUGCAAUGGCAUAACUCUACCAUCCUGCAUCAGAUAGAAGGAGCUUCUUUUUCUUUUCUACUUGCCGUGUAAAACUUGUAUAACCGCGAAUCUGAAUGUCAAGUAUAUUCGUUUCAUUUCCCCCCUGUAUUGUCAUUGUUAGAUAACAUACUGUUUUUAUGGAUUUCAAGGUUGUCACAUAUAAUUUUUAUCUCAACAUUUGUAUGAUCACUAGAUUUCAAGAUUGUAAUCACUUUGAUCAGCAUAGUCAAUUGAGAUGUGCAACUCAAAUUUCGUGUAAUCUUUUAGAUACGAUGGUUAAA